GGUAAGCUGUUGGACCAGUCGCCCUCAGACGCCCUACGGUGGGUGCUCGAGACGGUGGUGUAAUCGCGACGGUGGUGUGAUCGUGGUGGUGCAGUGAAGAACGCCUUAACAUCCACUGACGAUAGUCUUAUUAAAGAAUCAGACGACUUUAGGCACCCACCACUAACAUGCCUGGCCACGUAAAGAAGAGCGAGGGUCCCGACCCCGACCCUGCCGAGUUCUUGUUCAUCUCCUUGGAGAUGAAGCUGAAGGAUCAAACCAAGCCUUAUGACGCCAAGAAGUCUUGCUGGGUUCCUGACCCUCAGGAGGGCUUCCUUGAGGGCAUGAUUCAGGGCACCAAGGGAGACCUCGUCACCGUUAUGGCCAAUGGUGAGACCAAGAACUGGAAAAAGGACCAAGUAGGACAGGUCAAUCCUCCCAAGUACGAGAAAUGUGAGGACAUGUCUAACUUGACUUACCUCAACGAUGCCUCCGUCCUGUACAACUUGAAGACCCGUUACGUCAACAGGCUCAUCUACACCUACUCCGGUCUCUUCUGUAUCGCCAUCAACCCCUACAAGCGGUACCCCAUCUACACCAACCGUACGGUCAAGAUCUACCAGGGUAAGAGGCGUAAUGAAGUGCCUCCUCAUCUCUUCGCUAUUGCCGACGGUGCCUACAUGAACAUGUUGCAGUGUAACGAGAACCAGUCUAUGCUUAUCACCGGUGAGUCUGGUGCUGGCAAGACAGAGAACACCAAGAAGGUACUCUCCUACUUCGCCUGCGUCGGCGCUACCACCAAGAAGCCUGGCGAUGAGCAGAAAAAAAACCUCGAGGACCAGAUCAUCCAGACCAACCCUGUACUGGAGGCCUUCGGUAACGCCAAGACCACCCGUAACGACAACUCCUCCCGCUUCGGUAAGUUCAUCCGUAUCCACUUCCAACCCAGUGGCAAGCUGUCCGGUGCUGAUAUCGAGGUCUACCUUCUGGAGAAGGCUCGUGUCAUCUCCCAGCAGCCUGCCGAGCGUUCCUACCAUAUCUUCUACGAGAUGAUGGCCGACCAAAUCAAAACGAUUAAGCCCAUGUGUUUCCUUAGCGACGACAUCUACGAUUAUCACUACGUGUCUCAGGGCAAGGUCACCGUCCCCUCCAUUGAUGACGGCGAGGACAUGCAGUUCUGUCACGAUGCCUUCGACAUUCUUGGCUUCACCCCGACUGAAGUUGAGGACGUUUAUAAGAUCACCGCCGCUGUCAUGCAUAUGGGUGAGAUGAAGUUUAAGCAGAGAGGUCGCGAGGAGCAGGCUGAAGCCGACGGUACUGAGGUUGGUGACAAGGUCGCCACGUUGCUGGGCACUGUUGGUGAUGACCUGUACAGGAACCUUACCAAGCCCAAGAUCAAGGUCGGAGCCGAGUUCGUAGCCAAGGGCAUGAACGUGAACCAGUGUAAUUACUCCAUCGGUGCCUUGGCUAAGGGUCUCUUCGAUCGUGUCUUCAAGUUCUUGGUACAGAAGUGUAACGUGACUCUUGAGACUGGCCUGAAGCGAGCUUCAUUCAUCGGUGUGCUUGAUAUUGCCGGCUUCGAGAUUUUCGACUUCAACGGCUUUGAACAGAUCUGCAUCAACUUCUGUAACGAGAAGCUGCAACAGUUCUUCAACCAUCACAUGUUUGUGCUGGAGCAGGAGGAAUACAAGAGGGAAGGCAUCAACUGGGUCUUCGUGGACUUCGGUAUGGAUCUGCAGGCCUGCAUCGAGCUCUUCGAGAAGAAAAUGGGUCUGCUCUCCAUCCUCGAAGAAGAGUCUAUGUUCCCCAAGGCUACUGACAAGUCUUUCUCUGAGAAGUUAAAUGCUAACCACCUUGGAAAGUCUCCUGUGUUCAUCAAGCCUAAGCCACCAAAGGCUGGUAUACCAGAAGCUCACUUCGCCAUUGUUCACUACGCUGGUACUGUCAGCUACAACCUGAGUGGCUGGCUCGAGAAGAACAAGGAUCCCCUCAACGACACUGUUGUUGACCAGCUCAAGAAGUCCAGCAACGAACUUUGCAUUGUAGCCUUUGCUGAUCAUCCCGGACAAUCCGGUAGUGGUGAAUCUAAAGGUGGUCGUGGUGCGAAAUCUGGUUCUUUCAAGACUGUCUCCUCUGGCUACAGGGAUCAGUUGAGCAACCUGAUGAGAACCCUCAAUUCUACUCACCCUCACUUCAUCCGUUGUAUCGUCCCCAACGAGACCAAGUCUCCUGGUAAGACUGAUGCAGGCUUGAUUAUGCACCAGCUGACCUGCAACGGUGUACUUGAGGGUAUCCGUAUCUGCCGUAAGGGCUUCCCCAACAGGAUGAUGUAUCCUGAAUUCAAGCACCGUUACGCUAUCCUGGCCUCGAGGGAGAUGCUUGAAGCCAAGGACGACAAGAAUGCCGCCAAGGCUUGUUUCGAUAAGGCUGGUCUGGAUGUAGAGCUUUAUCGCUGCGGCAACACAAAGGUAUUCUUCCGCGCUGGUGUCUUGGGUUCCUUGGAGGAGAUCCGUGAAGAGCGUGUGGGAAUGUUGCUCACAUGGAUGCAGGCCUGGAUUCGUGGCUGGAAGAGCCGAAAGUAUUAUAAGAAACUUCAGGAUCAGCGUAUUGCUCUCAUUGUUGUCCAGCGCAGUCUGAGAAGGUAUAAGGUGAUGUACGCCUGGCUCUGGUACGGCCUUUGGCAGGCGAUCAAACCCCGCCUCAACGUUACUCGUGGCGAGGACGAAAUUAAUGCUCUCGAAAAACAGGCUGAGAAAUGUUUGGCGGAAUACGAAGUGGAGCUGAAGAAACGCAAGGAGUUGGAGAUUAUCCAUGCUGCUCUGGCAGAAGAAAAGAACACCCUGUUGCUGACUCUGGAUUCAAGCAAGAGUGGCAUGUCCGAGUUCAUGGAAAAGCAAGCCAAGCUUGAGAGUCAGAAGGCUGACCUCCAGGGGCAAUUAAAUGAAGUGACCAAUCGUCUGCAUAAGGAAGAAGAAGCCCGCAAUCAGCUCACACAAGGUAAGAAGAAGACCGAGCAGGAGUUAGGAAGCCUGAAGAAAGAUCUUGAGGAUAUCGAACUAGCCCUUCAAAAGGCUGAACAAGACAAGGCCACCAAAGAUCAGCAGAUUCACACCUUGAAUGAAGAGAGCGCCCACCAGGAGGAAAUUUACAACAAGAUCAACAAGGAAAAGAAGCAACUCCAAGAAUGCAAUCAGAAGACCGCCGAGGACUACCAGAGCAUUGAGGAUAAAUGCAAUCACUACAACAACCUCAAGACGAAACUCGAACAGAACCUUGAUGAACUCGAGGAUUCCCUUGAACGAGAAAAGAAGUUGCGCAAUGAUGUUGAGAAGUCCAAGAGGAAAGUUGAAGGAGACCUUAAGCUCACUCAGGAGGCCAUCUCUGAUCUCGAGCGAAAUUAUAAGGAUCUUGAGAGUACAAUCCACCGUAAGGACAAGGAAUACUCCGCACUGAUCGCCAAGGUUGAAGACGAGCAAGGCCAGUAUCUGAAGGUCCAAAGGCAAAUCAGAGAUCAACAAGCCCGAGUUGAAGAACUUGAAGCAGAGGUUGAAAAUGAACACCAAGUCCGUGCUAAAGUUGAGAAGGCUAAGGCGAGUCUCGCUCGUGAGCUCUCAGAACUCGGCGAUCGUCUGGAUGAGGCCGGUGGUGCCACUGCCGCUCAGAUCGAGCUGAAUAAGAAGCGAGAGGGAGAGCUGGCCAAGCUCCGCCACGACCUCGAGGAAACCAACAUUCAGCACGAUUCCGCUGUCAGCCUCCUCCGAAAAAAGCAUAAUGAUGCCAUCACGGAAUUGUCGGAGCAAAUCGAGCAUCUUAACAAGAUGAAGGCCAGAAUGGAAAAGGAUAAGGAUACCAUGAAACGCGAUGCUGAAGACGCUAAAGCCGCCUAUGAUGCUGUUUUCCGCGACAAGAAUGCAGCAGAGAAGACAGCUAAGCAGAUAGCACAACAGAUUGCCGACCUCCAUGCAAGGAUUGACGAAUCUAACAGGACUCUCAGUGAAUAUGACGCAACGAAAAAGAAACUUUACACUGAGAACGCAGAUCUCUUGCGCCAGGUAGAGGAAUCUGAGAGCACGAUUGGCCAGUUGUCCAAACUUAAGCUGUCUCUCACUAACCAGCUCGACGAUAACAAGAAGCUUUCAGAUGAAGAGAGCAGGGAGCGAGCAACUCUUCUUGGCAAGUACCGCAACCUGGAGCACGACAUUGCAAGUCUUCGGGAACAGCUCGAAGUAGAAAGUGAAGCUAAAGGUGACGUACAGCGCCUGCUCUCUAAGGCUAAUGCUGAUGCUCAAGUGUGGCGCUCGAAAUAUGAAGCUGAAGGUAUCGCACGUGCCGAGGAGCUUGAGGCUGCUAGGUUGAAGCUCGCUGCCCGUCUGGAUGAAGCUGAAUCACAGAUCGAGCUACUGAACGUCAAAAAUUUGAGCCUGGAAAAAUCUAAACAAAAGCUUGCAGCUGAUUAUGAAGAGGCACAGAUAGCUGUUGAGCGUGCUUCAACCCUUGCCGCCGCUACUGAGAAAAAGCAGAGGAACUUCGAUAAGAUCCUGGCUGAAUGGAAGCUGAAGAUUGAUGAUCUUGCUACCGAUCUUGAUUCUUCCCAGAAGGAGUGCCGUAACUAUUCUUCUGAACAUUUCCGCAUUAAGGCCGCAUAUGAAGAAAAUCUGGAGCAUUAUGACGCUGCGCGUCGCGAGAACAAGAACUUGUCUGAUGAAAUCAAGGACCUGAUGGAUCAGAUCACCGAGGGAGGCAGGUCCUAUCACGAUCUGGAGAAAACUUACAAACGUCUUGAGAUCGAAAAGGAAGAACUCCAAGCUGCUCUUGAGGAGGCUGAAGCUGCUCUUGAACAAGAAGAGAAUAAGGUUCUUCGUGGACAACUUGAGCUCAGUCAAGUGAGACAGGAGAUUGACAGACGCAUUCAAGAGAAAGAAGAGGAGUUUGACAAUACUCGAAAAUGCCACCAACAAGCCAUGGAUUCAAUGCAAGCCUCCCUUGAAUCUGAAUCUAAGGCCAAGGCUGAGGCUCUUCGCCUAAAGAAGAAACUUGAGUCAGACAUCAAUGAACUUGAGAUUGCUCUUGACCAUUCCAAUAAGGCUUACGUUGAUCUGCAGAAGAGCUAUAAGAAACUUCAAGGAGAGUAUAAGGAUACGCAGCUGAAAGUUGAGGAAGAACAGCGCGUUGCUUCCGAGUACCGCGAACAAUACGGCAUUUCAGAACGUCGAGCCAAUGCAAUCCAUGGAGAGUUGGAAGAAACUCGUACUCUUAUCGAACAAUCUGACCGCGGACGUCGUAAUGCCGAGUCUGAGGUGCACGAUGCUCGUGAACAAUGGAGCGUCCUCCACGAACAGUAUGGUUCUCUGAUCGGAGGAAAGAGGAAGCUUGAGAGUGAAUCACAGACUCUCCAGGCUGACUACGAGGAGCUGCUGAACGAGGCCAAGAAUUCUGAGGACAAGGCUAAGAAGGCCAUGGUUGACGCCGCCCGCCUGGCUGACGAACUCCGCUCAGAACAGGAACACGCCCAGAACCUGGACAAGAUGCGCAAGGGCCUGGAAGUUACUUACAAGGAUCUCCAAGUGAAAUAUGAAGAGAGCCAGACCACCGCUCAGAAAACUGUAAAGAAAUCUGUCGGUAAACUGGAACAUCAUGUACGCGAGCUGGAAGGCCAGUUAGACGAUGAAUCUCGUCGGCACUCUGACGCCCAGAAGAACCUGAGGAAGUGUGAGAGGCGCAUCAAGGAGCUCACCUUCCAGUCCGAUGAGGACAAGAAGAACCACGACAAAAUGCAGGACCUUGUCGACAAGCUGCAGCAGAAGAUCAAGACCUACAAACGCCAGAUCGAAGAGGCAGAAGAGAUCGCCGCCCUGAACUUGGCCAAGUACCGCAAGGUCCAGCAGGAGUUGGAAGGUAGUGCUUAAUCCAGCUGUACAACACAAACCAUAACAAAAGAGAAGGUGUGAGUGUGACAACUGUGGGCCAAAGUUCUAGCAUCCGCUCGAAAGUGAUAACGAUAAUUGAGGGAUAAACAGUAUAUAUUUGGUAACGACAUAAAUACUUGUUACAAUGUUUAAAAAUUAUCCACCCGUUUUAUUUAUGUAAUGAUAUAAAGUCACACGAACCAUGAAAUCUUUACUAUACUUCUGAAGUUAUUCAUAAUGAUAUAAAUAGGUUAAUGAGAAUGUAAAGAAAAGGAAAAUAAAAUCUGCAAAUAUC